AUGGACCAGGUUCAGUAUCCAAUACAGGACAGAGCGAGACAAGGUGUUGAAGGGGACAGGAAGCCUGGUGUGGUCCUCUGGACUCUGUGGCCUGAGACAUAUGAUGUCCCGAAGCCUACUUGGACAUGGAAACAAUUUCGACGUUAUUAUGGAAUUGUCUCGUCCCCCCGGAAGGGGGCCGAUUAUGGGACGGUAAUAGUUAUGGAGUCUGAGGAGAUAGUCUGCAACGACUGUUCCCAGCAGUUUGACAAUGAAAAUAGACGUUGGCAUCUCUCCUGUGGUCUCAUUUUCUCCUCUAUUUGUCUAGAUGACAUUUUCGCAAACGAAAAUUCACAGCCCAAGUAUUGGAAACGGAUGCCAUGUGGUUCCUUCACUUCAGUGGCCGUGGUUUCUUCAGAGUUUUCUGAAAAUGACAAAGAAAACUUUGCUGGAACCAAGGAACAGAUGUUUAUUCAGAAAGUCCAGGGUGAGGCAAGUAUAAAAACACUUUCAUCUGGAACAAUAGACCAAUGUUUCUUGGGCUCCAACAUGACUACAGAUUCAAGCGAGGAAAUUAUGCACAAUGAAAAGAAUUCUUUGCACUCUCUUGCUCAUAUACUUCCUGAAGGAAAUCCGGAGGGCAUCAUAGAAAACGUAUAUAUUGCAAGACAUCAAGAAGUCUGUGGGGAAACUUUUCAAAGCCAUGAACCUUCAGAUAAGUCAAGAGAUGCUUCAACGGAAGAUAUAACAGUAAGAGUUAUGGAGUCUCAGGAGAUAGUCUGCAACAAGUGUUCCCAGCAGUUUGAAAAUGAAAAUACCACCUGGCGGCUCUCCUGUGGUCUCAUUUUCUGUUCAACUUGCAUAGACGAAAUUUUCACAAACGAAAAUUCACAUCCCAAGUGUUUGACACAGAUGCCAUGUGGUUCCUCCACUUCAGUGGCCGUGGUUUCUUCUUCAGAGUUUUCUGGAAAUGGCACUGAACACUUCGUAGAAACCAAGGAACGGAUGUUAAUUCAGAAAGCCCAAGCUGAGGCAAAUAUAGAUUCACUUACAUCUGCAACAACAGACCAAGGUUUCAGGUCCUUCAAAAUGCCCACUGAUUCAAGCGAGGAAAUUGUGCAGAACGAAAAGAAUUCUGAGCACUCUCCUACUCAUACAUUUCAUGAAGGAAAUACUGAGGCCACCAUAGAAAAUGUAUAUACUGCAAGCCAUGAAGGAGUUUGUGGGGAAACUUUUCAAAGCCAGAAACCUUUAGAUAAGUCAAGAGAUGCUUCAACGGAAGAUAUCAAAGAAAGAGCCAUGGAGUCAGAAGUUGCUGCAUCUGUUCCCAGAAGUAUGACCUUGAUAACGUGCCUUGGAAGCUCUCCUGUGGUCACAUUCUAUGCUCAACGUGUGUGGAUGAAAGUUUUGGAGAUUGAAAAGGGAUUUCACUAUGGUCCACCGACACUUAAAGCUCCAAAUGAAAACAACGUGGUUUCAGACACUAAUACAUCUUCUGAAGAACUAACUGAAGGUACAAUAGGGAUUAUAAAUAAUGGGAACCAACAAGGAAUCUGUGGUGAAAAGAAUAGGAACCUUGUUGUCUCUGAUAAUUCAACAGAAAUCACAAUGGAGGCCACAACAGACACUGCACAUAAUGUGAACCAUCAAAAAAUUGUGGGCGAAAAGAAUCUAAAUUCAGUGGACGCUGAUGAUUCAACAGAAAUCUUAGUGGAAGACCUCGGGGGGUUACCCUGA